CUCAGAAGGCAGCAACAGCAGAAGCAGCAGCAGCAGAAGCAGUAGCAGAAGCAGCGGCAGCAGCAACAGCAGCAACAGCAGCAGCAGAAGCAGCAACAGAAGCAGCAGCAGCAGAAGCAACAGCAGCAGAAGCAGCAGCAGCAGCGCGUCACGUUGAGUUGGAUACCGACAGAGCCAGCGGCGAGGACGACUGCGCGCGGAUUGGAUAUACCACGGAGUACUUUGCCGUGAAGACAGCCGCCGUGUGUGUGUGCACGCACGCGCGCGCGUGUGCGUGACGCCUCAAGUUUGUGGCUGCUGCUGUUGUAAAGCCGGCUCAUCUAUAUCAGCAGGAGCAGCAGUAUCGGCAGCCCUCUAACGCAUCCACAUCAUCGGCCGGGGUUGCCAGGAGGCCCGCGCUGGUGUCUGCAGGGAGGGAGUGGUGGUGGGGUGGGGGAGAGAGGCACGGAGGGCGCUAGAAUGGCACAGCGCUACGAGGAGCUCCCGUACGGAGGUCUGGACGGGCUCACGCCGGCCAUGGCCGCGUCUGUCUACGGCGACCCGCACGGCCCCCGGGGCCUGCACCACCACCACCACCACCUGCCCCCGGGGCCCCCGCUGCACGCGCCGCCCUACGGGCACCCGCAGCCUCCUCCGCUCGGCUCCGCGUCGGGCGACAGCGUCAAGAGAGACAAGGACUCCAUUUACGGACACCCGCUCUUCCCCCUGCUGGCGCUCGUGUUUGAGAAGUGCGAGCUGGCCACGUGCACGCCCAGGGAGCCCGGCAUCGCCGGCGGGGACGUCUGCUCAUCGGCGUCGUUCAGCGAGGACAUCGCGGUGUUUGCCAAACAGAUACGUACGGAGAAGCCGCUCUUCUCAUCCAACCCUGAGCUGGACAAUCUGAUGAUUCAGGCGAUCCAGGUGCUGAGGUUUCACCUGCUGGAGUUAGAGAAGGUUCACGAGCUGUGCGACAACUUCUGCCAUCGCUACAUCAGCUGCCUCAAGGGCAAGAUGCCCAUCGACCUCGUGAUCGAGGAGCGCGAGGGCGAGGGCGGCGGGAGGGGCGACAUGGACGACCUGCCCGCCCCGAGCAGCCAUGCGGGAGACCAGAGCGUGCUGUGGAGCCGGGCGGAGCAGGACGACGCCGCGUCGGUGCGGUCGGGCAGCACCCCGGGGCCUUCGUCGGGCGGCCACGCGUCCCACAGCGGAGACAACUCGAGCGAGCAAGGCGACGGGCUGGACAACGGCAUGCUGUCCGGGGACGACGACGAGCUCGACAAGGAGCGCAAGCAGCAGAAGAAGCGCGGCAUUUUCCCUAAGGUGGCCACCAACAUCAUGCGCGCGUGGCUCUUCCAGCACCUGACGCACCCAUACCCUUCAGAAGAGCAGAAGAAGCAGCUGGCGCAGGACACGGGGCUUACCAUCCUGCAGGUCAACAACUGGUUUAUCAACGCACGGCGACGGAUAGUCCAGCCCAUGAUCGAUCAGUCCAACAGGGCAGUGGGACAAGGUGCAUACAGCCCCGAGGGAGCGGCGAUGGGAGGGUUCAUCAUGGACGGAGCGCAGCACAUGGGCGUGCGUCCACCUGGUCCCAUGCAAGGGAUGGGUAUGAACAUGGGCAUGGAGGCCCAGUGGCACUACAUGUGACCGAUUGCGAUUCCACGUCAUUCAGCCUCCACUGCCUUGCGAUGUGGGCCAGCGUACAUCGACGCUGCUCAACGCCCCCUCCCCCUUUCUCUCCACCUCCCUCCGUCCAUCCCCUCCGUCCUGCUCCGUCCUCCCGACCGCCGACGCAGCUCCUGCAUCGUCACACGUCGUACAUUCCUAAACACGCACGAACCCUCGAGCAAGACGGCCCAGGCGACUCCGAGGCCCGGCGACGGCCUGACGGCAAGGGCCCGAGAUCCCCUCGCCGUCGUCGUCGUCGUCGUCGCCGUCGUUUUCCAAGCGUUCCGUCCGUCGGAAUCUGCCGGCCACGCUUUGUGAUCGCGGGGAACAAAAAAAGCCAUCGUCCUCUUAAACGCAACACUCGAGAAGCACCGUGCGGCACAUUCUCUAUUCCUUUCCGCGCGGUGCAAGAUGCUGACUUAAAUUUUGAGUUAGAAAAAAAGUAGAUGUGUGGAUGUGCGAUGACAUAGAGAACGUGCCCCACCGGUAAAUCUUUUGCCCAUUCGACAGUGUCAAGUAAAAGUAAACAGGCAAAAGUUACUGCCCAUCUUUUUCUUUCUCCCAGCACCCCAGUGACUUUGGGUUGAAAAAGCGGCGCUCUAACGGAUGACAUUGAAGGGGGUGGGGGUGGUGUGAGUCCUGGCGAAGAUGACGGGAGGAGAAGUUCCCCUUGCUUGAGGAGACGUGGGCAAGCCAGCGGCAUGGAGGCGCUCCGCCUGAUGGCUCCUUGUGCCCCGGCACCGCCGGACUGGACUCACGACGGAGGGGGUGGAGCACCUCGGACCCACACUGGGGGGGAGUCGGGGGGGGGGGGUGGGGAAUGAUUCCCGUGAUCCCCACUGCGCCGUGACCCCCACUGCGCCGUGACCCCCACGAGUCCUUGACCCCCCCCGCCCCCUUCCCACCAACACGAGACGACGUCGCCAAAAAGAAAGCGUGGACUCCCUCACUUUUUCUCGGAGAUUAUUUAAGUGAACGACUUUAAGGAGGAGGUGAUUGCAUUACGUAAAUAAACAAAGGGUGGAUAAACGUCCGUGCUAUAAACGCUGUUGUGCCGUAGUGUGAUGACGGAGAAGGAACUAAUUUAUAUAUAUACCCCCCCCCCCCCGCUUCGGUGCGCCGUAUCCCCACCCACCACCGUGAGCGCAGCGAGACGUGUGUCGAUCGCUUUGUCUUUGGUUCCACACUGUGUGUGUCGUGCGUCCCGCGUCUCGAGUGUGAGCCAGGACCCCCACCCCCCUCCUCCCGCUCCUUCUCUCGCGUGUACUGAUCAUUCUCAAUCGCCUGUAAUGUGCGUCUGCGCGUUUUUAUUCUCUUGUUUCCUUUUCUCCGUCGCCCGCCGUCAUGAGCGUUGGGAUUGUUGCACUGCGCCGGCGACGCGGCGCCUGCGAGGGCCCCGUAUCGUCGACCACGGUGGGAUGUGGGGUGGACACAAGCUGUUGAGAUGAUGUUUUCCUUCACGCGCCCCAACUUUGUAUUCGGAACUCACUGUUGACAUUUCGGUUCACGACGUUUCUCAUCAUUUUACCCUUAACUGCUUUGGAACGGGGAAGCAGCAAAAAAGUUAUUUUACAAAAACACAUUCUUCGCGGGAGGCAUAACCCUUUGCCACUGUUGUAGCGUUUGUAAUUGUAAUGUACAUAUAGACUAGGGGACGUUAAGCAAAUGUGACCAACCUAACGUUGGUGCACCCGUAACAAUAUCUCAUAUAUGUUGAAAUUUCUGGCUUGAACGUUUGGGCCACACCGUUUUUUUGGACUUGGUGACCCACGCAGAAAAACAAACACGAAGUUCAAUAAUUUCAAAUCAUUGACAACAUGCGGAUAAUUACCAUCAUGUAUUCAUUUCAGCCGCGUUAUAAACACACACACACCAGAAUUGAUCACAGUGAUCUUCAGAAUCCCAAAUACUGCUCGACACCACUCUUCUUUGCCGUAUAUCGAGUAAUGAGCUAGGGCACGUGAUCUUGACAUCCAUGAGACCACCUCUCGUGGCAGCGUGGGUGGCACCGUCACCAGAGAAGAGUCCCCGAUCGAUUGCAGGCUCCUAAACGCAUUUCUCUUGCUCUGAUACCAAGCGGUGCUCCAAUUCACGCAGUUUCAAGGAGAGCUGUGCACUGUAUGCAUGCAUGUUGAACUUCUUUCGCACCGUACGUAGCCCAAGGUGCUAAUCUACCAUCGUCCGAUUAAGGCUCUCGCGAGAUAGGCUAGGCCAAAUUAAACGACCGCCCAACAUUUUACAGGGUGGUUUUUUAAAUUUAAUUUGUGAAUUGUAACAGGCUAUUGCGAUGAACCCACGACUCGCCUGCAUAAACCACCAAGGCUGCUGCGUUGUUAAUAUGACACCGGACCUUUGUAAAUUGUAUUCACUGAAUGUUCCAGUGCAAGUUAAAGUGUCUCCCUGUGCUCAAGUGAGCAAUGAUCGUGUGCCACACGUCUCUCUGUUCCUCUGGUUGGGGGGAGGGGGGGUCACUCUUCAGAGGACGACCGAUGCUGACCAUUCACAAGUGGCACUCAUUGCACGGACGCCAUCGGCAGGAUCGCCGUUGUUUUAACAUUUUGUGGUUUUACUCUCCAACACACCGGUGGGCUGAAGUAGUAACAAUUUAGUACGUUUUGUUUACGUGACAAAUCGUACUGAUUGGCUGUGUCGGGUGGUAGCGGGUUAACGACACAUUUAUACUUACGCAAUCUCACCCAAAAAACCUUUCUUGUGAAUAAUAUUGUUCGCGAAAGCCUCCUACGUGUCAAACAGGAUAGGCAGAUCUUAAAUUGAAGCUUUCGUGACUGCAGGAAUCCAUACUCUUUGGUUCUUUCGGUAAAGUCACGUAGGUAUAAAAUAAAAUAAAUCACGACGUGACUUUACCGAAAGAACCAAAGAGUUAGGAUGGCCAUAGUUGGACCCUUAUCUAGAAUUUGAAGUUGUUACCCUUUUCAUCGUAAGUUCAGUCACUUUGAUAAUGGCAUCAGCCAUCUGUGAGCAUUAACGACAGAAGUGGCAGGACUGUGAAUUGAGGUCCGGUGGUUUUAGCCAUUGUCAGCGCCUCUCCACGUGAGUUCAAGCCGCGUGAAAAUACUAAAGACGAAACCUCAAUGCCCGUCGUAUGGCCACCACAGUAAUCGCUUUUGCAAGAGGCACCGAUGUGCCAAUCGUUGCUUUGAAACAAAAUACCAUUUUGUCGUGGGAAAAUAUUGAAUACUUUUUAAAGUUCUGAUUUGGAAUUUGAAACGAGGCGCUGUGGCCUGUUCUUGAGAGCGAUGUCACCAGGGGGUCCGGAUGCGUCACCGUGCAGCAGCAGCUGGUGCCUGGUGCAGUUUGGGGUCGUUUUCACGCGCCGUGUCCUGGGCGGGUGCAGGCAUAAAGCCAUUGGCUCUGCGAAGCUCGGCAAGAGCUGGCCGCCCGGCUAUCUGGGUAUCAUUUCUCUACACAGUAUCCCAAUACGCGCACAUUCAUGCAUUUGCUACGUACACACAUACACAAAGACAAAGAUCCCCCGUAUAGCCUGUAACAGACUGUUGGGGCAAGUGCUGUUUGAGAGCACCUGUGAUGGCCGACAGCACAUGACGGGGUGGGUGGCCAGUAUCUAUGCCUGUACACACAUACAUACACACAUACAUACAUACACACAUACAUACACAUACAUACACACAUACAUACACACAUACACAAGGGGCGCCACGACCUAUUUCAACGGGGGGGGGGGGGGGGGGGCUAUGCAAGAUACGACUGUGCCCCCUCCCUUGUUUCUCCCGACUCACUUUCACUGAAAUAGCUACCGAUGUUUUUAACCCUGUAUACAUUUACAUUUGACGGUAUUCCUAUUAAUAAACAAAAACGAUGUGGUGGUGCAAUGCUCACAAUUAACUUAUCGUGCGUCUUCAUUGCAUGCCGGCACCAUCGGUCGAGGAUUUCCUCAAAAGGGGGUGGUGGAUUGCGCAACUUCACGCUUGUUUCUUGCUACUAACGCCAGACGCGUUAAUCCGGCUUGAUCCACGGUAGCACCGGCUGUUGAUUUUGAACGAAUAUACAUUUUUUGUUAACACUCAUUUUGUCUUAACAUUGUUUUUGUACUUUGUUCAUCUGUUCAUUCUGGGGCCCCUCGUUGCCAACUGGGCCCCUAUGCGUCGAAUAUCGCUGCCACAUCCCCCUAUCGUGGUUGCGUCCCUGCACAUGCACACAUCACGUUCACGUGAUCCAAGUGAAUGAGUCCAGUGAGAUGACACAUCUUGCUUUUAUGUUCAGCUUUGGGGGUUGGGAAAUCUAAAUAGGCGUACGUCGCAUUCAAAUUAAUUUCACAUGAUGUCAGCGUGUCGAGUGAUGUGGUGUCCUGUAUUUUUACAUCCGUUGCCCGCGGAACAACAUGCACUGUGUGCAUGCAAAACAACGCAGGGGAUUAAUUGAAAGAGCGAGAUGUUGCAGCCCAAGCUGGGCUCUUCGUCGUCGACGUGCGCUGUCCCCACCGUUCUGUUCACAUGAUCCCAGGAACUUGACGUUUACUCUACCGCCCAGUGAACAGUACCUCAAACUCGUCGUUAAUUAUAAAUAAUAAUACUUUUUUUCAGUUAUACCGAGCUAAAUUCCCCAGCAACUUGCAUCACGUGACAUCUCAAACAUUCGAAGGGCACCACCCCCCAGUGGCUGGCAGCUGUCCCUCUGUGUGGCACACGGCGACUGAGCGCCGGCCUGCAAAAGGGAGCACGUACCUGCCAGUAGUGGGCUAAGAUUGUGAUGUGUAAAUCUCAAUUUGGUUUUAAUUUGAAAAGUUUGGACCAUAACGCCAGCACACAAUGGCCUUCUCGUUUUGAGUCAGAGGAUAGCCAACCACGAUCUCCCGAUUAACUAUCGUGAAUGUCAACUGGUAAGGUUCACGUCCACUAUGUUUGAUACGCACGCCGCGGUAUUAACCAGGGCGGGCUGCCGGAUUCGAACCGCGAACCUCUUGCUUCACAUGCGGCGAAUGCGCCACCGCCGAGCCGCUGUGCGAGCGAGGUGACUGUCGGUGUCUAUAAACGUUGUGCUCAAUCGGCGUGCAACUCUGCGUGACAUUUUUCACAGCAGUGGCAUCAAAACAGCUGUCGCAAGAACCAGCAAAGUGAUGUGCGAUGCAUGCCGUGGUUUUUACCUCGAGCGGUGGUGCCCCGCGUGAAGAUAGUUGCAAUAUUUACUCAACGCGCACUGGCAGUAUAUAUAUACAUAAUUGUGUGUUUCAUCCUGAACUGCGAUUCUCCCCGAUGCUAUAAUUGAAGGAUUUGUGAUUGCUGAUGUCGCGUGUGCAGCACCAGCUGGCUCUGUCGAUGCCGAGGUGUCGUGGUUGGCGUGGCCGCUGAGACACUGAGCACGAGCUCAGUGUUGGCACUCUUUGUCGAGCACGGUGGGCUACGUACGGUGCGAGAGAACCUCGACGCAGUAUGUGCGCGCAAUAUUUGAGGCUCGUUUGACUUUGGCAAUGGCGUGGUUAUUUAUCAGAGCUGUAAAAAUUCGUACAUUCGCAUCUGUGCUCCCGUUCACAUGAUUCAGUGGCACGUCGAUUUAACGUUUAUAAACGUUGGCAGUGUUGGGUUUUUUUCCGUAUAAUUAAAGGUUUGUUGCUAGCAGGCUGUAAAUUUAUUCCAUGUAAUGGAAAUAUCUCAUAAUUAUUCUUAUAGGAGGUGUUUGCAACAAUAUAUUUUUUGCCAAAGCAUAAUACAUAGCUGGCGAGUAGGGGCUAACGGCUUGCCUGGCUAUUUUGAUCUCCCCCAGUGAUAAUGUCCACACACUGCACCAGGUGGUCAUUUGAGGCUGUCUCUUUUGCGGAGGGCCCACGGCUUGUCGAGAUACCACUCUGUCACUGAUAUUAUCCACGGACGGGAGUUAAACUCAGGUGUCCAGAGAUCAUCAGCAAAGUGUGCUGCUACACGUUACGUCACCGUCAACCCCAAACAAAAUGGCGCACACACGCAGACGCACAGCACAGCUAAAAGACUUCACGUCGAAUGAUCUACUUGUGCCUCGGGAAUGAGAGGGCAAAACAGGCACGAAGCGAUCUUGCGUUCACAGUUGGAGAUGUGUGUAAAUUCUGAUCAAAAGCUGGUGAACUCAGCUACAAAUAAACGAUAAACAAUUUUUACUUUACCAAGAAAGGCACGAUGAGCUAUAUAGCUCUUUUUCAGAAGCGACCUGGCCACAAAUGAUAGCUCAACGAAGUGGCUUGUCACGUGGAAAUGUAUAGCAGUCAAAUACUCUAAACGCAUGUUGCUACUAAAUGUGGUUGGAAAAACUCGAGGACCCGGAGAAAAAUCCACGCGACCACCGAGACAGAGACACGCAACUCCAAAUAUAAAGCAGGCGUCGGGGUCGAACCCAAACUCAAGUGGUGUUUGUAACUCAUAAACACAUUGGUUUGUGUGUGUGGCUGAGGAUAUGGAUACGUGACGAGUGGAUGGUAAGGCUCAUUGACUGAGCAAAGCAUUUCCUGCCAAACAUACAAUUAACUCUAAAUCCAUCCCACCUUUGAAUCUUAAAUCAGGUUUCUUGCACAAAGAUAUAUUGAGGUGGUGCUUAUUUCCUGCUUACAGCCCAGAGCCAGUGGUGGAAAUUCUUCAUUCCUAUGGCUGGAGCGAGCCUAUCGAUAGGGCAACCACUGCUGAGUUCACAAAGUGGUACUCAUUGUAUUUACCAUGGGAAGCUGAUAGGCUGAGUCAAGACUGGGUUUGAAGAAAACAAACAAACGAAGGCGUACUCACUUUACCAGUGCACUCUCCCUCGUCUCGGCAUGCUCUCUCCACUCUCUAGGACAGUAAAUCCCAUCCAUGGCUACAGGCUGAUAACACAAAUAUUGUCUACAAUGCGGGUGGUGGUGGGGGGGGGGGUUGUUAUUGUGUUUGGGAGUAAAAAAAAAACAACCCUUAACGAACAAAACAUGUUUUUUUUAAGUUUAACAAGAGGCAAUUCUGUUUCUGGGGAGAUUUAGUGCUAUACCAUGCAUGCAUAUAUCCAUAUGUGUGCACACAUACAAACAUGUAAAACGGUUUAGAAUACGGUGUAGCAUGACCUCUUUAGCUCAUGGGCCACCCAGCGGUUGGUUUUGACUUUACUUUGUCUCGUCAGCGAAGAGCAGCCCGUAAAAAAAAUGCCACUAAGAAGUGGCAGAAUGCCAUUUUAAUGCAAAUGUCUCCUAAGAAUCACCCGGAGAUAUCGAAUAUGAAAGCCAAGUGGAGGCAAAGUGUCUCCCUGCUCAAACGAGCAACGAGGCGUCAUUCGCCACCUUCUGUGGCCCUCAGCCAGUGGUGGAAACUCCACAUUCCCCUGGACGAGGCUGGUCUCUCCAUGACACGAUCACUUUUGUUGGCGUUCCACAAAGUUGUACUCGUUUUUAAUGACCGCGGGAAUCGCACGCUUGAGUCGGCCCCCCAACCGGGAUUUGAACUUGUGACCUUGCAAUUGUGAUUCAGCAACUCGAUGCGUUUACGACAUUUUUUUUCUUUCAGUGGCUUUAUUCAAACUUGUCAAUUUCAUCUCCUCACAAAGCAAAACAUGUACUUCGAACUGUAUGUUUGUGUGGGCGCACGGCAACAGAUACGCGUACUCGCACUGAACCUUUGCGUCGUACUUAACGGCCGCCAGAGGAGAGUGCUGUUUGUGAUUUUGGAGAAGAGAUUUGGCGAGCCGGCGGUACGAAAACUUUUGCAUCCUGUGGCGGGACCCCGACGUUACGUUGCCAGGAGUGAGGUCCAACCGUUGUACCAAUGUUGCAUUGAUUUUUCUGGUGUACGGGACAUCGUGUAUGGCAUUCAUUAGCUUCACUUGUACAUAGCAGUGGAUGUUGAAUACUGUAAUAUAGAGACGACACGGAACAUUGCACUGGCGUGUCAUC